ACACGCGUCGCGUCAAACCCUUUGCGACCUUCAUCAUUCCUUCAGAGCGUCGAACGUAGAAGAAAGUAGGUGAGUUUCUGUAGUAGUGUGGUAAGUCUUACGCAAUCCAUCUGCUUGCGUGACCUGACUCAAUUGGAAAGCAAUAUAUAUCAUGUAUUUAGUGUUUAGUGAAUUGCACAAGAUGGCGGCUAUUAUUAUAUCGGUGUUUUUCGCUACUCUUUCCAGCUCUCUGGCUGCAAAUAUAGUCACGAUUCCCAUGUUUGGGAAGAGCCAUUACAUGUUUGUCUCCCGUCUUGGUCAGGAACUGGCGGAGAGAGGUCAUCAGGUAAAGAUAUAUGUGGGAGAGACACAAACGUAUGCUGUAAAUAAUUCACUUGUACGAGUCUUCAAUGAUGACAAUUUUGCUCCAGUGUUGCGGUCAGCAUCAACAAGUUCUCCAACCUUCAAAUCGCUAAGCCCAAGACAAGAAUGGCAAAUGCUCCUAAUGUUCCAAUCCGUUUACUGUGAUGACCUUUUUAGUAAUACAGAUGUCAUGGAAGAGAUAUCUCACGCAGACAUCAUUGUUGGUGAAUUUAUUUACCUCUGCUCAACUUUAAUUGCGGACAAAUUCUCACUUCCACUUGUUCUAAUAUCAGCUGCCACAUUGGAUAUUCCCUCAGCAUUCGCCUUCGGCUUACCUGCCCCUCCUUCCUACAUACCACAGUAUGGAGUUUCUCUUUCAGACAAGCUAACAUUUUCGGAAAGAGCAUGGAGUCUUUUACAAUGGAUUAUUCUAUAUGGAUCUUACAUUUACGAUACGUGUCCGCCUUAUGAGAAGAUCAAGGCAAAGUACGCCAUUACACCCAGCAAGAGCAUACAAGAAACACUUGGCAGAGUUGACUUGAUAAUCGCACAGAUGAAUUUCUUGAUAGAUCAUUCAAGGCCUCUUUAUCCGAAUACACGGGUUGUGGGUCCAUUCCUUGCUAGUCCAGCUAAAUCUCUACCAAGCGAGAUAGAUCAGUUCUUUCAGAAGGCUGGGGACGAGGGCGUGAUCUUGGUGUCGUUUGGUACCGUGGUUGGAGCGCUGAGUGAUUCAUCACUGAAAAUUAUGGCUGAAACUUUCUCCAAACUACCACAGAAGAUUAUAUGGAAACUUAAGCCCAAUGACAUUUCAAAAAUAACCGUUAGCGACAACAUCAAACUGCUGCCAUGGCUACCCCAGAAUGACAUUCUUGGCCACCCUAAGACACGGCUAUUUAUCGCACACGCAGGAAUCAAUGGAAUGCUAGAAUCAACCUACCAUGGUGUUCCUAUGAUAUGUUCACCUUUCUUCGGAGAUCAACCACACAACGCCCAGACCGCAAAGCGGGCCGGGUUUGCUGAGGUGGUGGACCUUGAAGCCACAUCAACAGAGGAGUUUAUUAAUUUGAUACAGAAGGUUUUAACAGAUCCAAGCUACCGAGAGAAAGCAAAGCGAAUAUCAAAAUCUGUUCAGCUGUUGCCACGUUCACCCGUCAUGGAAGCCGCUGAUUGGGUGGAAUAUACACAGGCUCAAGGUGAUUUACAGUACCUAAGACCACGUGGCCUGGAUCUGCCGCUUUAUAAGCUCUUCCUUCUUGAUGUUUUGUCCGUCGUGCUCUUAGUUUCAUUUGUUGUUUUAUUGGUCAUCAUUAUCAUGUUUACAUCUGUAAUACGGUGUUUAUUAGGGUCCUCAAGGAAAGAGAAGGUAAACUAAAACGAGAUCGAGUUAGGAAUUCAUUGUUAUUUUGGUUUACAUGGCGACUUCUGAAAUAUAGUUACAGGGCUAACGCUCAGAACGUCAGCUUUAGAAACUCUUUACGGUGCCCAGUUUAAAUUAGCAACUCACUUUAUGAUACCAAAUAAUCUUGACAUACCGAAGAGUCGAGAACGAAUUCUUCGUUAUCCUUUACUCUCUUUGAUGACUGUGUUGAAAUAAAUAUGAAGAGGCAAAAAAAAUGUUGAAAUUGACCUUUACGUAAAAUCUACAAUAUCACCGGUGCUCAUACACAGGGUCGUAGAAAACAUCAAUACAUACUUGCCUAUCGUCUUUUCUCAUUGCAUUUUGUAUCUAAAGUAAAAAUUUUGUGGUGUAACAGACAUUGUUACUCGGUGAGCCCGCGGUGUCGAGUGUCGAACUUGUCAUGAUACUAGUAGCUAAGGAUGACGCACUUGAAAAGAAUCUCUGGUAAACAUGUUCCGCUUUUUAGGCUGCUGAACGGGUAUCUUAAUAAACACGUCUUGGAUUGAGUUAUAUUUGGGUUAUGGAAGAAAUUACGGGACUGCCAAUCUAUACCACAAUAACUUCGUCUGUUACAUGCAGCAUGCAGAACUCAGAAGUGUAUCAAGGAUGUGUAAUGUCUGUUUUCCUAUUCAUAAUAAUCAUAGACUGAGAGAAACCUA